UUAACCCUAAACCCUAGAAUUCCCUCACCACGGUCUUCUUGACCUCUUGAAGGUUCAUACUUCGUUUUGCUUUUCUUCCGCCACUUCACCGGUGUCUUUGCGCACUUUAAGGUGAAAGAUGGAGAUAAAUUUGGGGAAACUUGCAUUUGACGUUGAUUUUCAUCCGUCAGAUAACCUUGUCGCCACGGGUCUAAUUAACGGUGACCUUCACCUAUACCGUUAUAGCCCUGAUAGUGUCCCUGUGAGGCAAUUGGAAGUUCAUGCACACACAGAGUCUUGCAGGGCUGCUCGAUUCAUCAAUGGUGGACGUGUGCUGUUGACGGGUUCUCCAGAUUGCUCUAUACUGGCUACGGAUGUGGAGACCGGAUCCACAAUUACCCGUAUUGAUAAUGCUCACGAGGCUGCAGUAAAUAGAUUGAUAAACUUGACCGAGUCAACUGUUGCCUCAGGAGAUGAUGAGGGUUGUAUAAAGGUUUGGGAUACCAGAGAACGCUCUUGCUGCAAUUCUUUUGAUGCCCAUGAAGAUUAUAUUUCAGACAUGACUUUUGCAUCUGAUGCAAUGAAACUGUUGACAACAAGUGGAGACGGGACUCUGUCUGUUUGCAAUCUUCGAAGGAAUACAGUGCAAACUCGAUCCGAAUUUUCUGAAGAUGAGUUGCUGUCUGUUGUUUUAAUGAAGAAUGGUAGGAAAGUUGUGUGCGGAUCUCAAACUGGAAUCAUUCUGUUGUAUUCAUGGGGAUGCUUCAAGGAUUGUAGUGAUCGAUUUACUGAUCUCUCUUCAAACUCUAUUGAUGCAAUGUUGAAGCUUGAUGAAGAUAGAAUUAUUACUGGAUCAGAGAAUGGGAUUAUCAACUUGGUCGGGAUAUUACCCAACAGAGUCAUCCAGCCAAUAGCUGAACACUCGGAGUAUCCUGUUGAGUGUCUUGGUAACAUACAGUCUCUUCACAUAUCCUUUUCUUAUUCCUGGCUUCUUAUAAGCUUCACCUAUAGUUUCUCUGGUCUUGUAGCAUUCUCUCAUGAUAGGAAGUUCCUUGGAAGCAUCGCACAUGAUCAAAUGUUAAAGCUAUGGGAUUUGGAUACUAUACUCCAAGAUACAAAAAACACACAAACAAAUGAAACUGGAGCGAUUGAUAGUGACGAUGAUGAGAUGGAACUAGAUAACGAUCAUUCGAAGUUGAGUAGAGGGAACAAGAGAAAGAAUGCAAAUAAUGGGCAAACCCAAGGUGGUUCGAACAACUUCUUUGCCGAUUUAUAGGAGAGGUUUGAAUGCAACUUUGUUCUAAAUGUGAUGAUAAGACCCACAAGAAGAUGAACUACCAGAAGUCACGCAAAAGCAGGAAAUGGACACCUCCAAUAUUGGGCCUGUUAUCCAAUCAGUAGCUUGGACUGUGUUGUGGUUUCAGGAAAUUUAAAUUGAAGCAUUGAAAUUAAAAUUAUAAAUUUCAAUUCAGGAAAUAAAUCACUUCCUGUGUUGGUUUUUUGAGUUAUUAAUGCUAUCGCCUUAAGUUCAAAGAUUAAAGCAAA